AUGUCAACAAAAACUUGGUUUCCAUUGGAAUCAAAUCCAGAUCUAAUGAAUUCAUAUGCAAGUAAAUUAGGUCUCGGAACAGAUAGUGCUUAUGAAUAUGUUGAUGUUUUUGGGCUUGAUGACGAGCUAUUAGAAAUGGUUCCACGUCCUGUUGUAGCCGUAAUGCUCUUGUUCCCUCUCACGAAAGAAAACCAAGAGGUACAAUCAAAAGAAGAUGCUGAAUCUGAAAAGCAAAAAGAUACAUUCCCCAAAGACUUGUUCUUUAUGAAACAAACAAUCGGAAAUGCGUGUGGAACUGUUGCAAUUGUACAUUCUUUGGCUAACAAUGCUUCUCUGUUGAAUAUUGACAAAGACAGUUUUUUGAAAGACUUUCUCAAUGCUAGCCAAGGAAAAACACCUGACGAGAUCGCUAAAGCAUUAGAAAAGGACAACAGAGUUGAAGAAGCUCAUGAAAGCAGUGCUUUAUCUUCGGAGAACUCUUCUGCUGUUGUUGAGGACACAAACUUGCACUUUGUUUGUUUUGUAGAAAAAAGUGGCAAAGUAUUUGAGUUGGAUGGAAGAAGAAAUCAUCCAUGCUAUCGAGGAGAGAGCUCUGGCGAUUUAUUAAAGGAUGUCGUGAAAGUUGUGCGACAUUACAUGCAACUUAACCCAGAGCAAUUGUAUUUCAAUUUGGUUGCUUUGGUCAAGAAGCCAUAA